CAGGGGAGUACAACCCAAUACAACAUGAAAUUAUGUGUCAUCUUAUGUCAUGCUAUUAAAUAAGGAAUGCCAUUCAUAGCUAGGGAUAGUCAAUAUCCUUGAGUUGUAUGAUCACAAUUAGUGCUGAAUGUUUAUCUAGGGAACAGAUGCUUUAGGGUACAGUGUGUAGUGGUCACCACCUCAUGCAGUUCGUGGACGGGAUUUGCAUAAUAUUUCUGUGUCUUGGCUGCUGGCACUCGGUUAGCAGUGGCAUGUGACUGGAAAGGAUAGAUGGUGCUCGCUUGAAAGAUGGAAUAUUUCUGGUGGCUCACAACAGUACCACUGAACCUUUCAACCACCUCUUUCCAAUCCACUUGGAGACCUAAGUGAUACCAUGUGUCCUCAGAAGAGGGGACGAAUACCUUCCAGAAUAGCCAUGAACUGUUACUGGAAAGUCCUGGCAAUUUUCUUACUAUUUCUUCCACGGGCAUUGUCUCUCCAGCCAGCCCAGCCCAGAGUGUUGCUAGUAUCUUUUGAUGGAUUUCGAUGGGAUUACAUCUAUAAAGUCUCAACUCCCAAUUUUCACUAUGUCAUGGAGAAUGGUGUUCAUGUCAAACAGGUCACUAACGUGUUUAUAACGAAAACUUAUCCUAAUCAUUAUACAAUGGUGACUGGUCUCUAUGCAGAAAGCCACGGUGUAGUUGCUAACGAGAUGUAUGAUCCUAUUCUGAAUGAAACUUUCUCUCUGAACAAAAUGGAUAUCCAUAACUCCAAGUUCUGGGAAGAAGCCAGCCCAAUAUGGGUAACAAACCAGGGGGAAGGACAUAAAACCGGAGCAGCUAUGUGGCCUGGAACAGAUGUGAAAAUCCAUGGAGUCCUUCCUACAUAUUAUAUGCCCUACAAUGAAUCUGUUUCCUUUGAAGACAGAGUUGCUAGGCUUAUUGACUGGUUUUCAUCAGAAGAACCCAUAAACUUUGGUCUCCUAUAUUGGGAACAGCCUGAUGAGAUGGGCCAUAUUCUGGGUCCUGAAAACCCACUUAUGGGACCGAUAAUUAGUGAUAUUGACAAAAAGCUGGGAUAUCUUAUGUCUGAACUGAAGAAAGCGAAGCUGUGGGAUGUGAUAAAUGUCAUAAUCACAAGUGAUCACGGAAUGUCGCAGUCCUCCUCGGAAAGGCUCAUUGAGCUUGAUCAGUACGUGAACAGAGAGCUCUAUAAAGUCAUUGACCAUUCUCCUGCAGUAGCUAUUUUGCCAAAAGAAGGCAAACUGGAUGAAGUAUACGAAGCUUUGGCCAAUGCUCAUCCCAACAUGACUGUGUAUAAAAAGGAGCAGAUUCCAGAUAGAUUACAUUACAAACACAACAAUAAAAUUCAGCCAAUCUUAGCAGUGGCCGAUAAAGGAUGGGAAAUUGUAUUUAAUAAGUCUGAAGGUUUUCAAUUUGGUAAUCAUGGAUAUGACAACAUCUUACCAGAAAUGCAUCCAAUUCUUUUGGCAGUUGGGCCUGCUUUCAGGAAGAAUGCCACCAAAGGAUUCAUGAAUGCUACAGACUUGUACCCCUUAUUGUGCCAUCUACUUGGUAUUAACCCGCUGCCAAACAAUGGUUCGUUCAACGCUGUGAAAGAUAUGCUUGCUGAAGAAGUUCCUGUAGCCUUUGGAGCAGACACCUAUGCUACCAUUAUAGGAGUCUUUCUGGGCAGCUUUCUUGUUAUGGUUUUUAUUGCAGUAUUUGUUAAGCAUUUUAUCCUCACCCAAGCAAAUACCAUGCAAAUGCAACGUACUGAAGCUGCCCAGCCACUGUUGCAAGAUUAAUAACACUUGGUACUAUUUGAUACUUAAAAUAAGCUUAUACAAAAUUAAAAUUAAUAGAGGAUCAGCAUAAAUAUGUGGAAUAAAAGGCAAUGGAUGCUGAUCCCAUGGUACACUGGAGUAUGUACAUACCAGGUGUGCAGAGAAGGAGCAUGUUUCUGUUUCACCCUACAACCACUGCAUCUUUCAGGGGUUGAAAAUACUCGAGGUAAAGGUGGAAAGCUGUAUCUGUGUGUAGACAUGUAGUGACAGUAGACCUUGAACACCUGAUUCUGAGCUACUUUUAGGGAAAUUAUACCAACUGAGGUGCACUUCACAGGCUGUUCCACGGUGAUUUAUUUGCCCACCCCACUUCUUUUUUUUCUUUAAGAGGUUUUGAUAGUAUCUUAAAUUCUAAUAAGUCGCUGAAUGUUACUACAUUUCUUUGGGUUUUUUUUCUUCCCUGCUCAAGGAAGCUUUUGCAUGGAUCACCAUUAAGCUUAGUGGAUUAAAUCCUGCAGAAAACAACAUUAUUGUUAAGCUAGGUCACACAGUGCUGUUACAAGUUCAGAGUUAGGCAUAUUUCUUUGAACACCUGUGUUAAUUGUAGCCCCAAAAUAUGCAUCCAGGUGGUAUUGUCUUUAGCAAUCAGCAUUAAACUACUUUUUUUUUUUUAAAUGUAGGUAAAUUUUAGGUAAAUGUAGGUCUUUUUCUACUGUUUCCUGUAUACUGGACUAAAUUUUCUAGGAAUUCUGUACGGCUGGCAGUUUAAAGACACGUACAAGCACACCACCUAUAUAUCCAAAUGGAGUCCUUUAUCCUGUGACAAAGGGUUCUUUCAGAAUAAGGCAGAUGCAUCAGUUAAGGAACAUACAUGUACAAGCUGGUUUCAGAGUGCUGUCAAGCUUGUCGCUCUGUGUCACAUCAGAUCUGUUACUGGAGACUCUUCUCAGGCGUGAGCUUGUCUUGCUGUCUUGUGUUUUAUCUGAUAUGUCUGGGUGGACCUUAGAAUUUGGUGAGUAGGAUUAGACACACAGUUUAAAGAAUAGAGUAUAAAUUUUAAGCCAUAUAUACUCUUAAAUCUGAAAAAGCACACUUUAAUAUGAAAAAAAUUUUAAGACUGGAGUUUGUUCUUCCAGAGGAAAGUCUCUAUCAGGGAAAGUUAUUUCUUUUGAGUCAACAAAACUAUAUAUUAUUCUGAUUCUUUUGUGUGUGGCAAUAAACCUUGCUAUUGUGGGUUUUUUGAUGAGCUCUCUUAAAUGGUGUGUGAGAAGCUGCUGACUAAGGUUUGUAUGAAAAACAUGGUAUGAAGUGAGAAAAGUUCUCUAGUUGUCAGACUUGUUUAAAAGCUGUGUCUGUUUUUUUUCUCCCUCCCUGUGCGAGUUAGUCUUUUUCUGCACUUUGUUUCUGAGUACAAUGGCUGAAGAAGAAAGAAACUCUUUCAAAAUUCACACAAAUCCUCAGUCUGGUAUUUCUAAGUGCAAUUUAUUGCUUUAUCCACAGCACCCAGCAGAGGGCAAAGAUGGGAACAUCUUGGCCUUGGAUGUGCUCUGUCAGACUAAUGGUGUGACUAACAGUCUAAUGCUGCAGUUGGGAGCUGCAACAAGCUGACUAGCUGAAGUUCAAAACUCGUUUUGCUAAACUUAAUUCCAGACUUAAUGAAUGACAUCUAGGCGAGUUCAGAAGGGCGCUUACUUCUUGCUGCCUCAGUGAUGACUCUCGAGUGCCGUGUCAUGAACUCUCUGGCCCGCACUGCAUCAGAAGUUAUCUGUUGGAUUCCUCCCUGGUGUCAGGGACACUUGCUUAGCAUUAAACUGUCUUGCAAACAGAUGUGGAAGGUUUCCAGAGACCACAGUGAGGUGCAGUGAAUGCUUGAGAGGGAAGGCAAUGAAAUAUUCUACUUCAAGGUGUAUGCUGAAAGUCUAGCUGUACUAGUAGCUUUAGGAAGACAGGAAACUAGCAGGUGUGUUGGAGGACAGCCCUUUAAUUUGGGGGAUAUGUACAUAACUGACUCAUCGCCGCAGUUCUACUGUUACUCUGUGUACUGAAUUGUUUUCCUAUGUUGUCAUUUUCUUAAGAAAACACGGAAGGAAAACUUGCAGGGUAGCUCUGCAUGACACCGUAAAGCUGGUUCUUGGAGCUGACCAUUAGGUGUGUCUUAAGUUUAAUUUGCUGACACCAGCUAAAACUGAAUGCUUCACGGGUUUAUCAAGCUGAAGGAUGAACGCAGUAUUGAUGUUCAUGGUAGUUUCCAGAGAGGCUGGGGAAGUCCAAGUAGAAAACCUGAACCUCUAAAUUGUUACUAAUAAUUGCCCUAGUUACCUUCCCGGAAGUGGAUGGCAGAUUGCAAACUGAUGCACUGAGUCCACCUUUUCUUGCUUAUUUGCAACUUAAAACCAAAUUGUAGCACAAAUGCAGUGUGUGUUUAAAGAAAGGUCAACAGGCUUGGGUAAGGGAGUAACAGUGAAAAUUGGAGAUGCUGUAAUCUUCAGCUGGAGCUACUUCAGUUACACACUCUCACUUUGGAACAUGCUGUUUUAAGACAAAUUCAUUUUACUGCAGUAAUUUCAUAGCAGUGCUUAUGGCAGGUGUAAAAAUCACUGGAUUGUAAUCUCAGAGGUGUUCAUUAAACUCCCACUUCUUCAAUUGUGACAGGUGUAGUUCUAUCAUCAGCCAAAGUGACCCUUGCUUUUAAGGAGAGGGCAGAGCUGGGCAGUUUUGUUCAGUCAUCCUGGGACUUAGGCUUACCUGCCCUAACAUGCAACAAGGGGAGAGCAGUAGGUUUCCCCUAACAAACGGUUGUGGAACAGUAAUAUUCAAAAUAGAUGGGGAACAUGAACGUGAGAGUUCUUCUCCACGUCAUUGUUCUGUAUUGCACCGUACGGCCUGUAUUUGAGGGGGGUGAAAUGAAACUUGGUAGAAAACUGAAGGGAAUCAUUCAGCAUUUGGGUAUUUCAGUUUAGGUUUAAAUGUGUUUUCUUUAUUGCUUAGGUGUAUUUGCAGGUACCUCUUGGGUAGUUGCCUUGUUAGGGUAGUUGCCUAGCCAGUGUUAACCACUGGUUUAAGCUGCUGGGUGUAUAUUUAAUGAAAUUGAAAGCACAUAUGAUGCCAAUGGAGAAAAGUAUCAACUUUUUCUCUGAUGUGAGAUUUUUUUCAGACUACCUUUUUGGUUGGGGAGGAUGUGGCAUUUGGUUGCUGUGUAUAUGAUACUUUUUACGAUGUACAAACAUGUUUAUUGGAAAGGGGAUUUGAGUACACUCUGUAUGACUUGUAACUUAAGCUUGGAAACCGAGAAGCUUGCAUGAUUUUGUCUUUUGUUAUCGACCUGUGAAGUGUACUUUGAGGUGUUAAACUUUUUUCCUUCUUUCUUCCUGUUUGGAAAUGUUGAAUUUGAAACACAUCUUUGCUACAGUGCUAUGAAGCACUGAGUGCUUGCUUCCUCUAAAACCACUUCUGGAAAAAAACUUGAAUUGUGGGGGGAUGGCUUGGGGGGGAAUGGGCUUAACUCAUAUGUAUCCCACAUAUUUCUUGUACUUUGCACUGUGUACGCCUUCAUUAAAAAUACCUGGAAGUGUGAUAGAACUUAAGAAUUUUAGGCCAAACUUCUUAGAUGAAGACCUCGUUUCCCACCUUGCUAUCGUAUAUGGAGGUAACAGCUAUCAGUUACCAACAAUGGUAAUAAAGUUUCUUUUAUCAAAAAAAUCUUCCAGACUGUCUUGGUAAAGAGCUGCAGUAAUGCCGUUUACAAUAAAUGUGGUCUCAAAAAAAAAACAAAAAGCAUGCAAAAAUGCCUGUUAUGAGAUGAAGGGUUGCGAAGCGUGACUUUUCAGAAGUGUGGAACAGCACAGUCUUGAGCCGUGUGUGGGAAGAAUGACAAAGGUGCAGCUGUUGAGCCUGCUGUUUUGUAAAACACAAACAUAGCAGACUGACUUGUGAAUUUUCCCUGCUUAAAUAAUGGCCAUGGCUGCUGUCUUGGCCAUACCUACUGUGCUGCUGCACAUACCUUUCAAGAAGUGGCAUGUCUGUGCUACAGUAAAGGUAACGUAAGCAUUUAUUAGAUGUUAGACUGCAAAAAUUGUUGCAAGCACGUGAAAAGGAUGAAUUCAGUAGUGUGUUCUGCAGUACUGCAGGAUGGCUUUUCCAUAAGGAAAUCCUAAUCUGAAUCAUACUAAAUUAACAAAUCUUACUUGCUGUUUUUUGCAAUAAAAGGUGGUACGAUGCCUGUGCCUGAUCUGUCCCUGUGGUCUGAUCCUUGGAAGUACCUGAUGAUGUUGGUUUAUUUUCAUAGGCAGUGCGUUCUUUUUGAUUUAUAGCAAGUUAACCUUCUCCCUCAAACAAGUGUUUUGAACCUUAGUUGAAAACAGCUCAAUUCUGAAGCUGUUUCCUUGGUGCUAAUGGACAAAAAGCAUAGAAACCCAGAGGAGUGGGUGUUUUAAGCCUUCUCUACCCAAUGCUAGAAGUUCCUUUACAGAGGCCAUCAACAUAAUGAAACAUCAGUCUGUACUGCUGGGAAGUAGCGUUACAAACUUCUGUUCCCUUUUAAACCUCAAUGCUAGUUUAAGUGUUAAGAACUUCUCUGUCCUGGUUUCAGCUGGGAUAGAGUUAAUUUUCUUCCCAGAAGCAGGUACAGUGCUGUGUUUGGAUUUGGCAGGAGAAUAAUAUAACACACUGAUGUUUGAGUUGUUGCUAAGCAGUGUUUAUGCUAAGUCAAGGACUUUGCAGCUUCCCAAGCUCUGCCAGCGAGGUGGGGCAGAAGCAGCUGGGAGGGAGCACAGGCAGCACAGCUGACCCCAGCUGGCCAAAGGGGGGUAUUCCAUAUCAUAUGAUAUAGUGCUCAGUAUAAGCUGGGGGGAGCUGGCCAGGAGGCAGCAAUCACAGCUCAGGGACUGGCUGGGCAUCAGUUGGUGGGUGGUGAGCGGUUGCAUCACUUUUUUUCCUGAGUUUUAUUUCUCUCCAUUAAAAUUUAUUAUUAUUUUAUUUAAAUUACUAAACUGUUCUUAUCUCAACCCAUAAGUGUUCUCACUUUUACUCUUCCCAUUCUCUCCCCAUCCUGCUGUGGUGGGGAGUGAGUGAGCAGCUGGGUGGUGUUUAGUUGCUGGCUGGAAUUAAACCACAACAUUCCCCUAAAUUAAUAUGUCCUGUAUGGCCGUUGCAGAGUUGCGUGUAUUUAGCAAGUCAUUGAAUGUUGCCACAAACUAUUGUAGGUUACCUCCUUUAUCGCAGCUGAGAGGAAGGGGGAAGCCACAGCUUGUCAUGUUCUUGUUUCAAAUUAGGUAUUCAAAAGGAAAUCAGCCACUGACUUUCACAAGCAAUAAUUCAUACCAACCGUAAUUGGGUAGCAGAAAGAAUUCAUCAUGUUUAAGGCACUAACACUUCUACAAAGAAUCAUCUUUAAAUAUAUCAACUUUGUCUCUAAGGAGAGCAGCAGCAAAGAAUUGUGCCCAGAAGAAUACUUGGCACUUUUAUAGGCCAUACCACAUCUUUGGAAUUGAAAGUAAUUAGCGAUGCAACUGGAAUAUAGUUUAUCCUAUUUCUUAAACUUUCUCUUUAAACCCUUCCCACCAUAGCACUGCUUAGACUGAGGGAGGAGGAGGAGAGGGUAAUAAGGAUUUCUGCUGGACACCACCACUCCCUUUCUGGUUUCAUAGGAACACAGUUGCCUGUAGCAAUUCUUAUCAGAAGGGGCUACCUGGAGCUAGAGGGAGAAAUGCAUUUAGACCUCCAUUUCCCCAUCUGUAACAAUAGCCAUAUUUCAUAUUAGAGCGCUGCCACUGCACUUCAGUCAGCAUUUAAAUUUCUGGUAAUGGAAGUCUUGGUGGUAACCUUGACACCUGGCCUAUAGUGGUGAUGCACAGAGGAAGGGAAAGCACACAGCCACACGCUGUGUGACAACUGUUUGGGGGAAGGAGGAGGAAGGGAAGAAUAGUGAAGAAUAUAUGGUGCUGAUCAGUUUUAGCAUCUAAAAAAAAUUCCUGACAGGUAGAGGACAGUACAGUUCGGUCUUACCAGGUCUGCCAGAAAGAGAAAGGUAACUCAGUUGAGCCAAACCUCUCUGUAUACAGAUGAUGCAAAGCACCUCCCGGCAAGGGUGCCACCCUCAGAGGACGGCAGCCUUCGUUAGCAAAAUAACAAGAAACUAUCAACUCUCUCCAAUGCAGGGAUUCAAGCAUCCUCCCUUUUACAGCAUCUCUAAGCCUAGGCUCUACCCUGCAAAACAUUCACUUCAUAGUUACGCACUAACCUGACCUCUUGUAACCAAUUAUUUUAAAUCUUCCAGCAGGAUGAAAAAGUGACUCCUGUGUCUGUCCAGUUAUUGCUUUAUUAUAUCAAGAGCCUAAAAUCCAGUGCGCUGUCAGUAACAGUAUAGAUUUUUCAAGGGGCCUGAGCCUCUUUCAAGUUCAGAUUAAUCCAGAGUAAAGCAUUACUCAGUAAGUAGUGACUAGUAGUUUAAAAGGGGGGGG